GUUUAUUUAAGUUAUCUGUCUACCUGUAUGCAUGUAACGGUUAAAAGGUUGCCCUGGUACUUCCUAUCUGCAGUCCAAAAGCUGUACGGGAGCCAAAAUGCUGCUGCUUAAGCUUGUUUUGUGUCUCUCGAUUUAUAUUCAACAAACUUUCUCAAGCCAGUACUCCACAGAUCAGCUGAGAAGUCUACUCAGUUACGAUUGUUCCACCGAUGGAAGUAUUGAAGUCAGAGGUGUUCCGGAUGGUUAUACACUUACUGUGAUCAGUACAAGCUGCACGGUAUACCUCACCUCCCCUGGGGAAUAUAGCCUCCCCACUUAUUGUAAGAUCUACGACUACUGGGGUUAUAACCAUGGUUACCCGUCUCGCCACUAUAGAAGUUGGCGUGAUACUACUACUUCGGGUUACUACCGCACCACCAGAUACUGGUACAGCACCACCAGGUACUGGUACACUAGCACACAGCCAUACUGGUACCAGUCGACUACCCUGGACUACUACGGUGAAGUUGACAUCGCUGUGUCCCACGCAACACACAGUGGGAUUAUUGGUGGGAAGGAUCACCACGAGUUUCGUUUAAUCUGUGACGGUAUUCACACUGAGGGAAAGUUAUACAGGGUGUCCGAUGCUGUGCGUGACGUCACCAAUCCUAGUGGUGCUCCACCUACCUUGUCAUACAGACGGAGAAAACAGCUGCGUGCUGGCUACUACAAUUACCCGAGUCUGCGCAUAACGGACGAAAGGGGACGAGAUGUUGACUACACCCACUCCGGACAGCUGAUGUACCUCCUUGUGUCCUCCAACGAUCCUCGCUAUGUCAUUCGUCCCGAGAACUGCUCCGCGCAGGAUGGGUACUGGUGGAGCUCCAAUCGAAAUAUUGAACUUUUCAAUGUCCACCAUUCCGGGUGCUUGUUAGAACCGUACUUAAUGGAGAUGUUUACAUCUAUUGGUCAUGGUCAGAGCAGUGUACGGGCACCUGUCUACUCCUUCCACUUUACCGGCGGAAGUGAUUAUGUCAGCUUUAUAUGCAACGUUCGGAUCUGCAGCAAAUCGUCAUCCAAUUGUGAUCUGAGUAUCUGUAAAUCUAAGAGAGCGUCACGUGAUGUAAGCGAGGAGGGAGUACAUACCCAGGAGGAACUGUCUGUGUCUGUUCGAGUAGGACCUGCAUCAGGAGGAAGAAAGCUGCUUUGGUCGCCCAUGCUGGUAGCUCUUCUUGUGUUUGUAAGCCAUUUCUGAUAACACGGAAGUGACUGUUAAUGAGGAAUUGUAUAUGUAUCAGGCAUGUUUUUUUUUUAAAUCGGAAUAUAUAAUAAACACUGUGAUAAAACAAACGAUCCUUGUAAUAUUUACACAUACAUAAAACUAUUAAAAGUCAAUUCAACUGUGCUUAAUUAACCACAACAGCAACUGCACAGUUUUAAAAUCUAACGUUGGAACGGAAUAAAAACAUAAUAAAAUUAA